GGCAAGGGCGGUGCCAAGCGUCACCGCAAGAUUUUGCGUGACAACAUUCAGGGUAUCACCAAGCCUGCUAUCCGUCGUCUCGCUCGUCGUGGUGGUGUCAAGCGUAUUUCUGCCAUGAUCUACGAGGAGACCCGUGGUGUCCUUAAGUCCUUCCUCGAGGGUGUCAUUCGUGAUGCCGUCACCUACACUGAGCACGCAAAGCGCAAGACCGUCACCUCCCUCGACGUUGUCUACGCGUUGAAGCGCCAAGGCCGCACCCUCUACGGUUUCGGUGGUUAA